AUGCCAUUGGAAUUUGAUCCUCCCAUUCUCAAUUCUGCCAACCCGUGGGCAACGACUUUCGAAGACCUCUUGGGCCUUUUUCGCUGUCCUUCAAUUGGGGCAGUGACGACACGCACGAGUCUGCUUCGUGCUUUUGGGCUUGAUGCGUCUAUUCAUCAGCACUGCUUCGUCGAGAGUGUCAAGCAGUCGGAAGUCUUAAAACCGCCAAUCUCCAAACCGCAAGCAAUAACAAGCCUUAACACGUACGGCUACAGCCCAUACUCGUUAUCGCAAUACCUGCAAUGGAUCACCCAAAUCUACGAGUCUGAACUUCUUAGCUACAGAAGCAGCCAAAAGCCCGUCAUAUUUUCCGUCACCGGCACAGCAGAAGAAAUCCAACAAUGCCACACUCAAAUCGCAGAAAACCUCACUGAUGUUCUAGAUAAGGGCUACUUCACUCGCUUCUUCAUGGAGAUCAACCUUUCAUGUCCAAACAUCGAUGGUAAACCGCCCCCUGCCUACUCCAGAGAGAGUCUAGAGACAUAUCUUGCACCACUCAAUUCACCAGACCGCAAUCAUGCUCGAGACCUCGUUCCAAUUGGUAUCAAGACGCCACCGUAUACAUAUCACACUCAAUUUGCGGAGCUGAUAGCUGCCCUACUGAACUCGUGUCACCAUACUAACCAAAGCCCAAUUGGAUCAUGUCCCAUAUCCUUCAUCACAGCAACAAACACCCUCGGCUCUUCCCUCUUGUUAGCCCCCAUGACUGACUCGGCCGUCCCAACCAAUGGCAACGCCAACAAUAUCCCAGCUUUCAAACCCGCUCUCUCGUCCGUGGCAGGCACGGGAAUAGGAGGCUUAGCAGGCGCCGCGUUGCAUCCUCUAGCAUUGGGCAACGUCUGCACGCUCCGUUGGAUGCUAGACGAGCAUGACGAGUUGCGAGGUAUUGAGAUCAUUGGCGUAGGCGGCGUUAGCGAUAGUGAUGGGUAUGAGAGAAUGCGGAGUGUAGGUGCUGCGGCCGUCGGGGUUGGGACUGCGUUGGGGUUUGAGGGGGUUGGCAUUUUUGCAAGGAUAUUGGAUGGCAAGGAAAAGGAGCUUAAGUAG